AUGGAAGAGACCUACCCCAAAUUAUUCGAUUGUCCCGACUACCUUCGCGGAAAGUACUGCCAUGCUUUGUGUAACUAUCGACAUCAAACAGUAGAAGAAAAAGAAGCAAUCGAACGCUAUCGAGAAUCAUUCUCAAUGAAGCUAAAUUCAAAGCAGUCCAAACGAUUUGGCCCAGUUUACAUUAUCGCUGGACCCGAACGUUCUGGAACAUCGUGGCUGUUCAACGCUGUGCGAUUACUGCUCAUCCACGAGGAAUCCGCAUUUGGUCCUGGUGAUAGUUAUCGUUUGAAUCAUAUUACCAAGAAUGAUCUCGAAACGCGUUUAAUUGAAGCAUGUGGUCGACCAUUGGUUGUUCGUACCAUGCGUAUACCCGAUUCCGAUUGGGCAGAAGGUCUCGAUCGCUCCGGCCAUGGAUACAAGGUAUUUGUGGCUCAUCGAGAUUUACGCGAUGUCAUCGACGAUUGUUUAACUAUCGGUUGGAUGAAGCAUGAUCUUGGUGUGAUACUUUCCAGACUGAAAGCAUACAUGACUGCAUACGAAUAUUGGCGUGCUAUGGCUAAAGGUGAUUUUCGUUACGAGAGUAUACAUAGUGAACCUGUCGAACAAAUCAAACAUCUGGCACGUCUGAUUGGUAUUGAAAGUACUCAUGCGGAGCAUAUUGCGUCGGAAAUCAAUUCGUUGAGACCAGGCCAAGCUGUUGGGCCUGAUCAAGUAACGAAGAUGUGGCCAGCACAGCGAGUUAUUGAAGCAUCGCGUGCCAAUGGUGAUGAUGAACCGGAAAAAAAGACGGACGAAAAUGGGAAUGAUGCCAGCACAGUCGUUGUUGUACCCGAACAAGCGAAGCUAUUAGAAAGUGAACGAAAGAAAAUUCGUGACGCUCACAGCGAUUAUCACGAUCGUUACGGCUAUGUUUGA